AUGCUCAUGUACACCGCCGCCGGCCCCAUCAUGUCCUCUGCCCCCUUCUACAACCCCGUGUACGGGAGCAUGUACACCGGCUGGGGGCGAUAUGGUGUGGGACCGAACUAUGGUACUGGAUGGGGGGGGAGCUGGUACGGGCAGAACCCUUACUCUUACAUGUCGGGAACCUAUUGGUAG